AUGAAGGCAUCCUGGGCAGCCGUUGGCGCUUUCUUGUCGCUCGUUCACCAGAGCUCUGCCAACCUCGACGUCAUUACUCUUCCGGCGAACGGCAAUACAUGGAUCAAGGAAGCUGUCGCGACGCUUGUUCUUGGAGACGUGCCUAACCCCAUCACGGGAGACGUUGCGCUGUGGAGUGCGAUCAUGAUGGAUCAGGAGGAUUUUCUUCAGGGAAUCACCCAGAACUCACCGGGAAGCACAUGGUGCCAGAACUUGGGUAAAAACUGGUGCAAUUUUGCCUACACUCUGAAGGGCUCAUCUGUCACCAACGGCACACCAGUCAAGGCUUCGCCUGGAGAUCGCGUCAAGACUCACUACAAGCUGAACUCGACCACGAACUUGUGGGAUCAGAACCUUUACAUCAACGACAAGCUGGUAUCCCAUGUCUCAACCAGCAAGGGACAGCACGGAAAGAUUUUCUAUGUUUCGAUCGAGUGCGCAGCUCAGCCUUGCACCACUGCACCGGCUCAUAGCUGGGAGAAUAUCACCGUCACUCUGAACCAAGCGGAUCAGUCCUUCAAGCAUACCGGAUCUUGGGAGUACGAUGCUACCGGCGGAGCGAUGUCAACGGCAGACAACGGAAAGACAUGGAAGUUCGCCAAGCUGAACAUCCCAGCCAUGGUUGCAGCAUAA